AGUAUUACGAUUGCAGCGACCACCGCCCCAUCUAAGCCACCACCAUCAAUUGCGCUCAGCUCUUUGGAGGCAAGUUUUCACCAAAACCUUCAAGAGGGUCACAAUAUUGCCGCUGUCGGAGAUCCAAGAAACUGUCAACUACAGCGAUCAGCAACUUUGCCAUCUAAGCAAAAUCGAUUAGGAUUAAGAAGUCGAGUCACUUUCCAAGUGCCAAAACUAACACCAUCGUCUCCUACUGCUGGUGCUAUAUUAGAGAAGAGUAGCACUAUCGUGAACAUCUGCCAACAAGUGCCAGAAAACAAAGAGAAAAAUAAUAAAAUGACGUCUGAAGAUCUGUUGCAGCCAGGACAUGUGGUUAAAGAGCGUUGGAAGGUUAUACGUAAGAUUGGUGGUGGAGGCUUUGGUGAAAUUUAUGAGGGCCAAGACUUAAUAACUCGGGAACAGGUGGCACUCAAAGUUGAAUCAGCUCGCCAACCGAAACAGGUGCUUAAAAUGGAAGUGGCGGUACUGAAAAAGCUGCAAGGCAAGGAACACGUAUGCCGUUUUAUUGGAUGUGGACGGAACGAUCGCUUCAAUUAUGUGGUAAUGCAACUCCAAGAAAAUUUGGCUGAGUUGCGACGAGCACAGCCACGAGGCGCCUUUUCUCUCAGUACAACCCUUCGACUAGGCUUACAAAUAUUAAAAGCCAUUGAAUCUAUACAUUCUGUUGGCUUCCUUCACCGCGAUAUUAAGCCGGUAAGUUUCUUUUUUGGCCGUUUGCCUUACAAUUGCCGACGAGUUUAUAUGCUCGACUUUGGAUUGGCUCGUCAAUAUACCACAGGAACAGGAGAAGUUCGUUGUCCCCGAGCUGCCGCUGGUUUCCGUGGAACAGUGCGCUAUGCUUCAAUAAAUGCACAUCGCAAUCGAGAGAUGGGACGUCACGAUGAUCUGUGGUCGCUAUUCUAUAUGCUUGUUGAAUUUGUAAAUGGACAAUUGCCGUGGCGCAAAAUUAAAGACAAGGAACAAGUCGGGUUAACUAAAGAAAAAUAUGAUCAUAGAAUAUUACUGAAACACUUACCGUCAGACUUAAAGCAAUUUUUGGAGCAUAUACAAUCGCUAACUUACGCAGACCGACCAGACUAUGCGAUGCUAAUUGCUUUUGAGAGAUGUAUGAAACGACGAGGUGUUAAGGAGGCUGAUCCGUACGAUUGGGAGAAAGUCGAUGCCGCCGCAAUUGGUAACAUUAAUUCAGCUUCAAAUGCCCCAAUAGCUCCAGCUGCAAAAAAUGAAUAUAUUCAUGGUAACAUCACUCAAAUGACGGUAGCUGCUUCCAAUGUCAGCGGCAAAGAAUAUAUUCGGAAACGUAACGAAAUUGAUACUGCUCAGUUGGCGUCAACGGAGCCUCUAAAUACUAAGGAAAAAGUAGACAAAAAUUGCAAUGCAACAACAAUGACGGCACAAGCUUCAGGGGAAAGCGCAAUGCAAAACAGUAAUGCAGGUAAUCAAAAUAUAUUUUCAAAACAGCAUCAGCAGGAACUGGUGCUCGCUGUAAAUAGUUCAGUUGCCAUACCAAAUUUUCCGAGUGCAUUGGUCAAGUCCUCGUCGGUAGUAAUUGCCAAUCACGAAUCAGCUGACGGCGAUACCGGGACGACAAUGCAAACAAACAUGCAGCUUAAGUCAACGCAUGCCACAAAUAAUAUGAGACGAACCGCAAUUCAGGCUCAAGAACAAGUUCAGGGAACAACAUCAAUUCACAACAAUUCAGCGCCCGUAUACUAUGCGACAGAAGAGAAACAUGUUGUCUCGCAUCCAUUGCCACUGUUAGCAAAACUCCUUACCGAUGACUCAGCACACAAAGGACGCAAUAAUGAUCUUGUGAUCAAUUCAACCGAAACUGAUUUCGAACGAAACAAAAUAGUCAUAUUAUAUGAUAAAAACACUGUCGAAGAUGCUUAUAGCAGUCCACAACAACACCAAAAAUCAGCUGAAUCAGUAUCCGAUAGCAAACGGUUAUUUAGCACUACUAAUGCUGCCGAUCAAAAGUCAACAUAUGGACGAUUGCGUGUUUUAAAUGUACCACCGCCAAUGCAAACUCAAGUCGUUGAGAGUGCAGAGAAUUUGCAAUUUGAUGCAAUUUGCGCCAAUGAAAUGUUAAUUCCCAGAUCAGCAGCGAUCUCAGGAACUUCAACUACGACUAUACCACCAGCUAAUCGGCGAUCAGUAACUUCGACCAAUUUGCGACCAUCAUCGUCCGGAACUGGAACUGUCUCGAUAUCAAGCCAUCGUUUGAGCAACACUGUUAUUAGUUAUUCCUGUAGAAGCAGUGCUACAGCUGGGGAUCAUUCUGUGACACAAUUCGCCUUAAUUGAUGAUGAGAACGUAUCGGCGCUUCAACAGGUAACAAGGGGUGGCGGUGCACUUACGCUUGCUUCGCAAUGGAAGAGUCAGUUUGACGAUUCGGAGGAUACAACAGAUAACGAAUGGAAGCAAGAACCACAGUCACAACCAAAUGUGGAUAAAUCGACUAAAGCGGAUGCGUCCUUGGUAUUAUUACACGGAUUGUCUAGUGUACCAGUUCCUCGAACUAAUAAUUCAAAAUCAAAACUAUUCGGAAAUGAUCAUGUUAAAAGACAUACACUUAAUAUAGCUGGAAUUGAGAACUAUGAAAUGCUGCAAAUAUCCCUUCCACACUGGUGGUCUGAACCUGCAAUGGGUAAUGUAUUACGUAAUAAGCUACAGCCACCUGCUGUGCAACAAGCUGCGUUUGAUAACACUGUUUAUCGAAUGGAUAUCGCCAGAAACGUUUGUGUACGUGAGUCUAACUCUGAAAUUGUACCAAUAUCAAAUAAGAAAAACCAUCUGACGUCAGAUAUGGCGGCUACAAUAUCAUCAUUUAAAGAUGCAGCAGUUGAUUUAGACAGUAAUAUGUACUCAAAAAAAACAAUAGAAGAGCGCUCAAUAAGUACACGGCGACAUCGUAAUAGCCUUCCAAAUGUAUGUUUUAGUGAUGGUUUUGAUGAAAAGCCAAUAAGUUUCAGAAAAAGUACUCAAUCGACUGCAACAGUGCCUUCUUGGGGUGCAAAGACUACAACAAAAACAUUUCCCCAGCAUCGAACCAACAUUAAUGAUAAAAGCGCCAGCCAACUUCUAUACACAAUCCUUCAUGUUUUCAUGAAAGUGGAGCACUUGAAUUUGACGAUGCUGGUAAUCAAGGCGAAGAUGAAGGCUGUAAGUGGACGACUGGAGUUUCGUGUCAUUUCUAAAGAAACCCCACAUCUGGAUGAGUCUGUUUAUUAUAAAGCAUUAGCAGCCCUUAAAACUCCUAAUACAACAAUAACAGAUGGCAUCGUUGCUGCCAAAGAAACAGCUGCGCCUGGUGAUAUUCGAACUUCAGGCCUAAGUGAUAAAGAGGCCAUUAACUGUGAUGACAAUGAUAGAAUGGAAACUAAUGUAAGUGGCUCUAGUCAUUUAACAACAAAUUUAAAAACAAAGACCUUGGUGCGAAAGUCAAGAUUAAAAGCAGUACGAAUGAUGGAAGUCAGCACAUUGCCUCUACUGACUACCAAACUAGUGGUAAGAGAUAUCACCUCAAAUGCAGCCUUUACAAUGGGUUGCGAACUUGUAUUGUCAACGCCAAGUAAGAUACCUAUAUUAUCUGCUAAUUUGCGACAAUCCAAAUGUGCAUCUUGGACAGGUGUAAUCAGUACAGCAACACAGCCAUCUGGUGUUGGGGCAAUUGGUCAACAGGAGCUUCUUCAGAACGAAUCAUUUAAUUCACCGAAUUGUAAUUUUGAGCCCACUGACUCUAAUCGUGUUCACAAUUACUCACAAAUUUCUCCAACUACUACGGAUUUAACACCUGGACUACGUCGCCGUCGAGAGUCUACCGAAGGAAAGUAUAUAACUGAUCCAGCCCAGUUAAAUCUGCGCUUUCAACGUCCUCGAUGUCGGGCUUCUAGCAGCAAUCGAUGUGUACUUAACAGUUUUGAAGAUCAAUUAACCGACAAAAGUGAAGAUAAAGAUGGCAAAGAAUUUAAAGUACCGUUUUGUUGCAAUUCAGCAGCAGUGUCAGGUACAUUAGAGACCAGCAACGCUGCAUGGACUCAAAAUACAAUCGAGACCUCAAUGAGAAAUAUUUCGCCACCACCAGGCGAUCCAAAAAUUGAAAACAGUGCGCGAUUACGUCGCUACCGACAUAAUAUAGAAUAAUUGCAAUAAUAAUUAUAAUAUUUAUUAUAUUUUGUAAUUAUAAUAGAUCAAAUAGGAUAAGAAGUGAAACGGAUCUAAGGCACCAAAACUAAAUCUUUAUAAAAAAAUAUUUAAAAUUUCAACCACUUCAUUAUAAUCGAAGUGAUGCUGACGUCUUAAUAAUAAAUAAUUGGUUACUAUGCUUAGAUUAAUUUAUACAAUUAUAUAAUUGAAGACAAGGCUCAUUAAUAUUCAUUCUGCUGCGAUUCUUACUAGAUGAAUAUAGAAAGCUCUGCAUACAUUCAUAAAUAUGUACCCUGGAACAUAAUAUUUCAAAAAUAUACAAAUAUGUUAUAUAUAUAUUUGUAGUCUUAUUAAAUUUUUUCUAUCCAAUAUUAUACGUGAAAAUUUACAACACAUUCAAACUUAGACGAUUGAAUUAAACAUUGUGCAUUAAUCGCUACGAAACAUUUGAUAUUUGAGUUAGUAUGGAAUUUUUUUCACUGGAACUUAAUGUAAAUAUUAAAAAUAUGAAUUUUAAAAUCAAAUUAGCAUGAAUUAACCGUAAUAAAUAAUUAGAUUAAUUUACCCACACUUUCUGCC